AUGAAGGAUGAAGUACCCCCUACAUUAGUUGAGGCUCACAGUAAAAUGGUAUCUGAAGCCAGUAAAGAAAAUAAAGUAAUUGAUAUAAAGACAGCUUUAGAGAAAAGUGGUAUUGCUGGAACUGAACCUGAACCAAAAGAAGAAUCUAAAGAAGGUGAGAAGGAUGUAAAGAGUGAACCAACAGGAGAUGAGAAGAAAUCUGAGGUUAAAGAAGAGAAGAAGGACGAGGAAGAAAAGAAAGAAGAAUCUAUGGAAACUGAUGAAAAGGAGAAGACUGAAGAAGAAAAGAAAGAUGCUGAGAAAGAUGAUAAAACUGAUGAGCAGAAAGCUGACAAGGAAGGAGAAGCAAGUACUGAAAAGAAAGAGGAAAAACCCAAAACAAAAGAAGACGAAGAGAAAUUAGCAGAAUUUAAGGAGAAAGAUGGAAAUCUAUCAUCUGCUGCAGCUGCUGCUUUGGCUGCUGCUGCUGUUAAAGCUAAGCAUCUGGCUGCAGUUGAAGAGAGAAAGAUCAAGAGUUUGGUAGCUUUACUGGUGGAGACUCAGAUGAAAAAAUUAGAAAUAAAACUACGUCAUUUUGAAGAACUAGAGACUAUCAUGGAUAGAGAGAGGGAAGCUCUUGAAUAUCAACGGCAACAAUUACUGCAAGAAAGGCAGCAAUUUCACUUAGAACAGAUCAGAGCAGCUGAACACAGAGCUAGACAGAUUGCCAUGCAGCAACUGGCCACUGAACAACGUCAACAAUCCUCACAAUUUGGUGUUGCUAGUCCUCAACAACCUGGUGGAUCAAACAUGGUUAAUGCUUCUCAAAAUCCUAACUUAACCAAUGUUGCUAAUCAAAGCAGUUAUCCCAUGCAUGGCUCUCCUAUGCCACCACAAGGUCCAACUGCUCAAGCAUCAAGUUCUCCUGCUCCCCCUCCUCAACCAACUGGCUCAUCAACUCCUCAGCCACCUACAACCCAAACUUUUCAACCAGCUGGCCAACAAGCAGCCAUGACUCCACAGCCAACACCAUCACAGCAGCCAUUUUCAACUGGACCUCCACCAUCAUCAACACCAAAUCAGCAACCACCUUUCCCACAAGGACAAGGUUUCUCAUCACAGCCUGGUGGACAUGGAGGAUCUUUCCCUCCACAUUCAUCAGGACCAAUGCCUACAGGAGCUUCAGGUCAGGUUCCUCAUCCACAGUUCCAACCAAUGGCUGGUCCUGGACCUCAUCACCCACAUCAAAUGGGUGGUCCAAGCACACUUCCUCCAAUGCAGGGUCAGCAACACAUGAUGCCAGGUUCUCAACCGUUUCCAUAUCCUCCUAAUCAGGGUAUGCCACCUCAAGGCUAUCCAGCUCAAGGCCAACCACAACAAGGCCCUGCUUAUGCUUCUUUUCCCCCACAGCAAGGUGGUGCACCAAACCAGUUUCUGCCUUCAACAGGACCAGGCAUGCCACCACAGUGCACUCCAUUACCUGCUUCUGGUCGAUCUGGUCCACCUGGUGCAAUGACUCCAGAAGGUGGAGAGAUGAUGAAUCAAGGUGGUGCUCCUCCCCAACCUACCAACAAAUAA